AUGGCAUUGGAUAGUUUUAACCAGCUGCCAACAGAUGUUGUUUGUACAACUUGCAAUAAAGCAAUUGCAAACACUUUUUUCAAUUAUCAAGAUGCUAAUCCUGAUAGGACUAAACGAUUUGCCACUCCAGUAGCUAGCGUUAAAUCCAUUUUGGGAAAUAAAUGUGGUGCAGACUUUACAAGUAAGUGA